GCAUUGUUCCGAUCGAUGAUCCACUCCAAGUCCAAGGCUUUCUUGGGGACGCUUAUCUGGACCCGGAGAUCCUGGACACCAUCGAAAGGGACAGCUUCGCGGAAAUCCACAAAGUCAUUAGCACUGUUCAAAGAGACUGAAAAAUCGAAGAUUCAUAGAACCCAUGCUUCCAACACCACUCAGUGCUGCCUCCCAUCUUCCCUGAACUCCAGGCUCACAUCUUAUUCUGGUCCAUACCCUGGCCUUGGGGAUGAUUUUAUUUAUUUACCUUUUACGAAGAUGGCGCCGAAGGCUAAGAAGGAAGCCCCUGCCCCUCCCAAAGCCGAAGCCAAAGCAAAGGCUUUGAAGGCCAAGAAAGCAGUGCUGAAAGGCGUCCACAGUCACAAAAAAAAGAAAAUCCGCACGUCACCUACGUUCCGACGACCCAAGACACUGCGUCUGCGGAGGCAGCCCAAAUAUCCUCGAAAGAGCGCCCCCAGGAGAAACAAGCUUGAUCACUAUGCCAUCAUCAAGUUCCCCCUGACCACUGAGUCAGCCAUGAAAAAAAUAGAAGACAACAACACACUUGUGUUCAUUGUGGAUGUCAAGGCCAAUAAGCACCAGAUCAAACAGGCUGUGAAGAAGCUCUACGACAUUGACGUGGCCAAGGUCAACACCUUGAUCAGGCCUGAUGGAGAGAAGAAGGCAUAUGUUCGACUGGCUCCUGACUAUGAUGCUUUGGAUGUUGCCAACAAAAUUGGAAUCAUCUAAACUGAGUCCAGCUGGCUAAAUCUAAAUUAAAUUUUUUUCACCAAAAAA